AUGGAAAGCGCUUUCGACGAAGAUGAAUUUAUGAACCAGUCAUUUGACUUUGCUAGGGCGUCGAGCAGCCCCAGUGAGGUACCGAAAACCCAACUCGUGGCGAACGGUCGAUCGUCAAAAUCGAGGCCUCACCACAAGAGCCGAUCUCAACACUCGUUCAAAAUCUCAUCGAGAGAGGUAUCGCCCCAUUCGAAUGCCUUUGCAAGCAACGCCUCGUCGCCGAAUGGUCAGAUGGAUUUCCAUGACCCGAGGCAGAUGAUGAUGCACCAUCAGGCCAAUGGUGCGCCGACCUGGCCUCACCACCUCAGUCCCGCGACGGCGAAUCAUCUCUCCCACGCGUUCGCCACGAACCCCGUCGCCGCGAGCCAGGCCAUGGUCUUGGCCCAGUUUCCGACCUUUAUGUCCGUGCCUCAAGGGGCCCUCGACGUACUCGGCGCUAAUCAGCCGUUCCUAACCUUUGAUAGGGAGGGCAUGCCUCCCAAGACACGAGUUGAGACUCAGAUCCACCUCAAGACGGUCUUCUCCCGCCUCCCACCCGGCGUUGCGAAGCUCCACCUCCCUAAACAUACCGUUUCCAAGCCUAAGCUAUGGUCCAAGGUUUCUUAUGUACCCUCGCCUGACACGCUUGACCUACACACCAUGCUUGUGUGCACCAGUGCUAUGGAAAAUGAUGAGAUGAGGAUGCGGGCGAUGAAAAGGGCUAGGGAAGGCCCUAACUCUGGCUUUAACGAUGCGAAGCCCGAAAAGGAGACGGACGACGACAAACCUUUAAACGGCGGCGAGGUCUGGAUCUGCACCAACUGUAUCGACCGUGAGAGAAAACGAUCGGAACGGAAAAAGGUGAAGAAGCCGGACGAGGAGGGCAUCUGGAAGGCCGAGGAAUGGCGCCGAGUCGUCGUUUUCAACACCCACGAGAUUCGCGAGUUUCCCAAGCCCGACCCCGUAACGGGCGCGACCGUGAUCGAGCUCCCGAUGCGCAUCGCCUGCUACUGUCGCCAUCAACAGGAGAAGAUGGGGUUCCAAGUCAUCUUCACCAUUCGAGACCAUCUCGGCCGCGUCCUGGCCCAGGAGUUGACACCCACUCAGAUCUCAUCCCGGGCAAGCCAGAACCCGUCCGCUAACGGCAUCGGCGCUCUGGCCUCCGCAAAGAGCACGCUCGGCUCCGAUUUGCAGCCGGCCUCGAACGGCAUGGCACAACCAACCCCGUUCCGGUCUAGUCAGUCAGUCACCGAUCUGGGCCGCAUGCAGACCGGACCGCCGCCGACUGCCCGGCGGAUGCCAAACACUCGGCCCUCCGCGGCGCCUCGGGGGCCUUUGUCGCGCCCCGCCUCGCCUAGCAGCCUGUCGGCGCCUCACGCCAAGAAGCGCAAGUCAAGCACAGGCAAACUACCUGUCAGCAUGGCUAUGACACCUCUAGACACGGCCAUUACUGCGGAGCCCUUCGGCGAACGGCAACCUUUUGGCACGGCACCUUCGACGCCGAACAUGGAAGACCAGUCCUUCUUCUCGCCUAACGCGUCCGUCGGCGUCAACGCCGAAACCCUGGCGCUCCGCCAUCGAUUUUCUACGGCAACGGCCUCCACACACGCCAGCAGAGCCUCUAGCCCCAACAGCUUCAAUAACGCCCUCAACGCGGCUGCCAUGCAGUCUCAGUUCGCCCAGAUGCUCCCGAACGGCGCUAACCUAGCGGCUAUGACCUCACUCGGUGACGCCCUCCGAAGGCUCAAGCUUGGUGGGUACGAGGUCACCAUCCUCGGCACUGGAUUCCACCGGGCGUUAGAGGUCAUGUUUGGAGACCAGAAAGCGACAGCUACGUACUUCUGGGCAGAUAACAUUUUGAUUUGCAUUCACCAGACGGGCGUGCAGAGCAUGAUCAACCCCCAGAAAUUCAAGUACCUAGACGAUGAUGAAGAUAAGCUCCUGCGCUCAGCGAUGGAAGUUUUGGCCCGCAAGAUGAACGGCAACCUCGGCGAUGUCAAGGACUUUGCCAUGCGCGUCCUCAACUACCGUGGCCUCCCACCCAAUGCCGGCGCAAAUGGAGGCGGCUCCUCGGGCUCGGGUUACACGAACGCAUCUUCCGGCUCAGCUAGUGCGCCGUAUGAUGUCGAGACCCAACUCAUGAAGUGUCUCGAACUUAUCGACCUCGACGACAGUCCGUACAAGGCUCAAUGGGAUUACAAGAUCUCCUCGGGCCACACAAUGCUGCACUUGGCGUGCUCACUUGGCUUCCACCGCUUUGCGGCGGGGCUGGUGGCCCGUGGGGCCAAGGUUGACGCUCUCGAUAACGGCGGCUUCAGUCCCAUGCACAUUGCGGCCAUGAGUAAUCACCCGGAGAUUGUCAGGAGGCUGCUUCUCGCCGGCGCGGACCCAACGCUGAAGAGCAAACGAGGCCUAACGCCGGCGGAUGUGGCGGAGUCGGAGGACAUCAUCAGCGACCUCCGAAGGGUGGCCAGACGCACCAAGAGCCGGAGCGUCGGCUCCCUGCGCAGCGCCGCCAGCAGUUCAACAUCACUUCGAUCCCUCUGGGGCCAAGACCAAUCGUGCCCCGACCUCCGCGCCCUCGGAGCAGCCCAUGCCGAGUACGAUGACGACAGUGCCGAAUACUCAUCGUUCGAUAGCAGCGGCAGCGACGAGGAUGCUGCCGUGGAGUCGGAUAGGGAGGCUGACGAAGAGGAUGUGCUCCAGAUGCGCCGGUCGAGUAUCCUAGGAGUCGCCAGGCCUCGCGGAUACUUGAGUCGGACCAACACUCAUAUGAGCCACAUCAGCCAGCCGGACGAGGAGAUUGCCGAAGUACCAGCAUCCCCUAAUGCUGCCGCGGCUGCCUUUAGGCAGUUCCAGCAAGCAAUGACGGUUUACAUGCAAAACCUCCCUCAACUGCCGCAUAUGCCUCAAAUUCCCCAGAUGCCUCAGAUGCCCCAGAUGCCGGCAUUCCCCGGCAUGGGCCCGCAAGCGGACAACCAAGCCUCGAUCUACUACGCGCAAUUCAUGCGACGUCUAGCUGCGUUGGUACCGGGUAUGUCGGGUCAGCGCCCUGGCACUCCUGAUUCAGAGACUUUGCCGCCCUCGUAUGAGGACCUCUACCCGUCGCAGGAAGGCGAUAGGAAGGCUAGGUCGGCGGAAGAAGCCCUCGCCAUGCAGCCCACACAUCUAAAGACUGCCCAGGCCGAGACGGAAGAUGCGAAGGCGCCGGAGGCGGCACAAGAACAAGAGGAGGAAGAGGAAGAGGAGGAAGUGGCGGACGAGGAGCCAGGUGUACUCAAGAUUGGACGAAAGAAUGCCAUCACCAAGGAGCAGCAACUUGAUAUCCUACGAGCGCAUGAAGCCAAGCUGAAGAGACUGAGCAGCGACAAGAACUUGUUCAUCAUUUGGAUCCCGCUGCUUGUUUCCAUGCUUUGCGUCCUGCUCUACGGCCGCUUCCCGGAUUACAACCGGACUCGGAAGAUUGGGCUCUAA